GGUCUGCCAAAGCAGCAGCAUGGCAGAUCUAUUCAACCAAGACCAAACAAAUUAACGUUGCAUUGUACAUUAUCAUGCUAAACCCUCAGAGAGUGGUCAUGACAGAACUACACAUUUGUUCUUGUGUUACAUGCAACAACAGAUAAGCCAAUCAUGAGGCUUUUUUAAGUUUGCCAACACAUUUUUUAAUUUUAUCUGCUGAUAACUUUGUAGACGAGUUGAAAAAACUUGUUUCUGCUCAAGAUAUUUCAACACACACAGUUGCUGUUUCUUUUUUUUAGAUGGCUACAUUUGAAGAUUAUUGUGUAAUGACCCAGGAGGACUUGGAGGGUAUUAAAGAUUCCAUAUCAACCCAGGAUCUCCCAUCAGCGGUAAAAAUGAUCAAGGAAUACCUCAAACAGCAGGAUCUUGUAGAACUAAACAUUGGUGUGACGGGAGAGUCUGGCUCUGGAAAGUCCACGUUUGUCAAUGCAUUCAGGGGUUUAGGAGAUGAAGAAGAGGGCUCUGCUGAAACUGGUGUAGUGGAGACCACUACAGAACCAGAGGUUUACCUUCACCCAAAAUAUAAAAAUGUGAAAGUGUGGGAUCUUCCUGGCAUUGGAACACCAAACUUCAAAGCUGAUGAGUACCUUAAACGGGUUCAGUUUAAGCGUUAUGAUUUUUUCAUCAUCAUUGCUUCAGAUCGGUUCAGAGAAUGCCACACUCAGCUGGCCAAAGAGAUCAUGAGGAUGGGGAAAAAGUUUUAUUAUGUUCGUUCCAAGACUGAUUUGAGCAUUGAGGCUGAAAAGAGAAAGAAAAACUUUGACCUGAAAAAGACACUGGAUACCAUCCGAGAGGACUGUGAAAACGGUCUGAGAAAGAUCGGUAUAGAGGAUCCUGUCGUGUUUCUGAUCUCUGGCUGGGAGCUCGAAAAGUAUGAUUUAAAUGUUCUUCAGGAGAGGAUGGAGAAGGAGCUUCCACAGCAUAAGAGACGAGUGCUGAUGUUGGCUUUGCCAAAUAUUACGCUGGAGAUUAAUGACAAAAAGAAGAAAGCUCUAGAGGAAAACAUUGGAAAAAUUGCCUUCCUGUCUGCUUGUGUGGCUGUUUUUCCUGUUCCUGGUCUUUCAAUUGCUGUGGAUUUAGCCAUCAUAGCAGUUGAGAUAGAGAAAUACUGCAACGCCUUUGGUCUUGAUAAGGAGUCUUUGGAGAAGCUCUGUGAAAAAUAUGGGAAGAGAAUAGAGAUUGUUGAGAGUCUGAUUAAGUCAGCUUGGUAUAAAGAAAUAUGCACAGGUUCAAUCGUAACCUUACUAAGACAGGUGUCCUUUCUGAUAACAGAAGAUGCUGUUGAGUCUGUUGUUAGGUUUGUACCCCUUUUAGGUACUGUAGCGGCAGGAGCAAUGUCCUUUUGGGCUGUGUCAACAAUGCUGAAGAGUGCUCUGAAUGACAUAGCAGAAGAUGCCAGGAAUGUGCUGAUGGGUUUGCUGGAGACUGAAGUGUAAUCAGACAGAUUUCAUGCAUCAGAUAUUUAAAGUGGUUGCCAGGUUUAUAACAUUCAAUACUUAAAAGGUAAUUCUUUUGGAAAGAGCACAAUAGUCCUAGCACAUUUUAUUCACAGAUUUUUAAUAGACAAUUAUGAUAAAUAUGUGUUAUAAUGGUUUUUCUUUUAAAUGAGCGACCUGAGAAAAGCAAUAUACUAAAUCCAUACUAAAUAAUAAAUACUAAAACAGUACCAAAUAAGAAGACUGAAAAAAGAUAACCGAAUUUAGAAACUACUUUAUUAAGAACACUGUGUAAAAUCUCACAAUUCUGGCUUUUUUUCUCAGAAUUACAUGAUAUGAAAGUGAAAGUAACAUGACAUGUGGCCAAGUAUGGUAAUCGAUACUUUUAAUUUGUGCUCGGCAUUUAACCCAUCCAAGUGCACACAGUGAAUAGUGAACAUACACACACAGAGCAGUGGGCAGCCAUUUGCUGUAGCACCUAGAGAGCAAUUGGGGGUUCGGUGCCUUGUUCAAGAGCACCUCAGUUGUGGUUACAAAUCUGACUUUCUAAACAUUAGACCACAACUGCCCCAAAAUACCACAUAGACUCGCUAUUGUGAGUUAUAAAGUCAGAAUUUCUGAGACUUGAAAAAUAAAUAAAUAAACACAGGGUGCUUACAAGGGAGCAUUAAUAUUAUGUCAACAUUCAUGAUAUUCUCUUAUUUUAUAUUGUCAGCACAAUUAUCAUGUACAGUGAGUUUUAUCUGGUUGAUCCAUCUUGUUCCUCUAAGUACAAAAAUGAGCAAGAUCAUGGAAUUGGAUCAUCUGAAAUAUAAUAUGUACUAUCAUUUGUCCAGUACUGGUGUGCAACCCUAUAAAGCAACAUCUUUUAAAGAAAGCUCAUAAUUAACAUUUCUUGGGGUGUUUCUUGACUUUUGAGUUCAUAUAUGACAAUUCUCAUUGAAUCCUGUUUUCCAUUCUUAUUGUUCCAUUUAAUCAUUC